UCUGCCAAUAAGGCUUAAACCCUUUCUUUAACCUCCUCUUCCCCUCUUCCAGCAGUGAACCUGCCUCCUCCCAAGAUGCUGUCUACAAUGAAGUUUAGGUUUCCCAGUGUUAUUACCUUCGCUAAUUCAUUCCGAGCCAUCACUCGUUGCGAUUACCGGAAUGCGUCGACGCUACCAAUCACCGGAAGAAAACCCUGGAGCCACUCAAUGAACGAUCUCUACCGUCGGAUUUCACCCGCCGGAGAUCCUACCGUCUCUAUGUUCCCGAUUCUCGAUAAAUGGGCUCUUGAAGGUCGCCCUAUCGACAAAGAACAGCUCCAAGUCAUUAUCAAGGAACUCAGAUACUACAAGCGUUACUCUCACGCUCUUCAGUUGUCCAUGUGGAUGAGUGAGAAGAGGUUCUUUAAACUUGCAUCUCGUGAUGUUGCUAUCCGGCUGGACUUGAUUGCAAAAGUUCACGGAAUAGAAAAAGCAGAGAAUUAUUUUAACAAUGUUCCGGUUCAGUUAAGAGUCCUUGAAGUUUACGGUGCUCUUCUCAACUGCUAUACCAGUGUAAAAUCUGUGGAAAAAUCAGAGGCUACAAUGCAGAAGAUGAGGGAUUUAGGGUUUGCUGAGACAUCUUUAGCUUACAAUGUGAUGCUUAAUCUUUAUUACCAGACUGGAAAUCGUGAAAAAUUUGAUGUUCUGGUCAAUGAAAUGGAAGAGAAGGGAAUUGGUCUUGACAAAUAUUCUGUGGGCAUCCGUCUAAGUGCACAUUCUGCUGUUUCCGACAUCCAGGGAAUUGACAAGAUUCUCGAAAGGAUUGAAUCUGAUCCUAUGUUUCUUUUGGACUGGACGGUUUAUGCUGUUGCAGCAAACGGGUAUUUGAAAGCUGGUCUUCCUGACAGGGCGCUGGCAAUGCUGAGGAAAUCAGAGGGAAUGAUUAAUGGGAAAAAGAGGGGCAAGGCAUAUGUCUUUCUUAUCACACAAUAUGCAGCAACUGGGAAGAAAGACGAAGUUUUAAGACUUUGGAAACUGUACAAGAAAAAAGAGAAGGUUUACAAUAUGGGCUAUAUGAGUGUCAUUCCCUCUAUUUUGAAGUUUGGUGACUUCGAAACAGCAGAGAAAAUUUUUGAUGAAUGGGAAUCCCGAAAUCUGACAUAUGAUCUACGCAUCCCGAAUGCCUUGAUUGGUGCUUAUAGCAGAAAAGGUCUUAUGGAAAAAGCUGAAACAACUAUAAACAAUGUUAUAUCAAAAGGGAAAGAGCCUGAUGCAAUAAUGUGGUAUUACAUGGCAACGGGGUAUCUUCAAAUAAAUCAACCUGCAAAAGCAGUGGAACCCAUUAAGAAAGCGCUACUGGUUUGUCAAUCCUGGUGGAAGCCAAGAAAGAUUUUUUUUGCUACCUGUCUAAAAUACUUGAAAGAUGAAGGGAAUGUGAAAGCCGCAGAAGAGAUCAUUGGAUUGCUCGGACGUAAGGAUAUUGUCUCUAUGGAAGUCCACGACAGAUUGUUAAAAUAUAUAAGAGACGAGGAAAUGGACUUAGAUGCAUUGCGUGCUUUGAAUGAUGAAGAAUUGGCUGAAAAUGGAGAAGUACAUGGACUUUUAGAGGUAGUAAAGGAUAGCAGCAAUUGCACCUGAAGUAAACAUGUUGGACAUAAAUUCUAAGACAUCCUGAACUUUCUGAUGCUCCAAGAACAAAUGGUGAGUGUAAUCAAUCCAUGUAUGUUAGGUUGACAACACGGUCCAGACAUGGAAAAGAAGUGACACCUUGUUCUGUUUUCAAUGAGAGGGAAUUGCAUGUGGAGCAGAAGAAUGUGCAAGAAAGACCAUUGCUUGAAUUCAUGUCUGAUUUCUUGAGGUAGAACCUAGGGUUUUAAGCAUAUAAUUUAAAUUUAAGUUUUGUUUUGUUUUGUUUAUAUUGUUGAAUUUAAGCCUUGUUCUGUUGAAACUUGUAACAUAAAAAUGUCACUUUGUUAGGCUAAAGGUAUCUUGUGGUGUGCUGGUGUGUGUACACUACGUUGCUUGUUAAGUCUUACUGUCUUAGUGGCUAUUGUAAGAACAUUUGAAUUAAUGAAAAACUUCUUGUUUCUACUUUCCCAUA